AAUUUAUGCAAUCUCAAAUGAGACGAAACCUUCAGCAUCCCAUGGGUUCACCGUGCGGGUGCCGGGUCCAUCGAGCACAGUACAAUAACAAAUAACAAUUUUACUAAAUCGCUAAAAAAGUCAAUCUAUGAUUAUUUCAAAAAUAGUACUAGAUUCAAUAACUAUACUUGACAUAAGCUUGUCAACUAAUGAUAUUAAAAAUACAAUAAUUUGUAGCUGAAGUUGUAUUAUCUUAAAAUAUUCAUAAUGGGUCAUUACGUAAGCGCUCUCAUCUCUGGCCUGGGAAGAUUUUUCGAAUAUCCUGUGAAACGUAAACCAAUAUGUUUCUAUAGGCAAGAAGACUUCACAGCUACUGGUGAAUCUCAAAGGAAAGUGUCGGAAAUUCAUAAGGGAAUGAUGACGGAUUACGAUAUACUUGUGGAUCAGUUUUACAAAAGACUUGCGGAGCAACGACAGUAUAACCAAGAAAUGAAAGAGCAAGAUCGUCGGUCGAGUAUGCAGAAAGUCGUCCGUCGCUUUCCAGGAUGGAACGAAGUCACCAUCGCCAAUCUUCACAGUUUGUUUCUCCUCUUUGACAACCAGUCGAAUGGAAUGCUUGGUUUUGAUGACCUGUGUGCUGUGUUAGAGAGUUUGGGAGACGAAAGUUCGAUGGAAAUCAGAAAACAGAAGUUCAAUGAAGCAGACACAGACACCGAUGGAUGGAUUACGUAUGACGAAUUUUUGUCGUUGCUCUACAACUUUAGCCCCCAAAUAGACGGAGAGCUGUCAGGGAUAGCCAAGCUUUGCAACGAGGUAGCAGACAAUAUCCAGUUCGUCAGCAACCUGACUGUCGGCGAACAAUUAGAAUAUGGUCUAUUUUAAUAAAAUACAUAAUAUAA